CUCGCUUCCUUCGGCGCCUGCGCAGGAGCAAACGGCGGCCCCGUUGAGCGCGGGCGGCUCGGCCGCGGAAUGGGGGGAACAGCCGCCGAGGCGGACCGGACGCUGUUCGUAGGGAACCUGGACCCCAAGGUCACCGAGGAGCUGAUCUUCGAGCUGUUCCAUCAGGCAGGCCCGGUAAUUAAAGUUAAGAUCCCUAAAGAUAAAGAUGGUAAACAAAAGCAAUUUGCAUUUGUGAGUUUCAAGCAUGAAGAAUCUGUCCCAUAUGGAAUGAAUCUCCUUAAUGGGAUCAAGCUCUAUGGACGGCCCAUCAACAUCCAGUUCCGCUCAGGGAGCAGCCACGCAUCUCAGGACAGUAAUUCGUCAUGUUUGCCACAUGGAGCAGCCAGCCUGGGCCCUUCUGGCACACCACAUCCAGCCAGCAGACACGACAGGAAUACUGAUGGUAUGGUAGCAGCAGGGUUCUCAUCUAUGCAGAGGUCUUUGCCACCUCAUGACAACCUUCAGAGACAAGCAGGGAUGCACGGCGCUGCGUGGCAGCAGUCUCAGCCUGGCUUUGCUGUGCCUGGGUACCAGCACGGCCAUUCCCUCGCUCACCCAUCAGCCUCCCACAUGCUGCGGCGUCCGGACAUUGCAGUGCUGCGCAAAAACAGGAUGGGCUCCCACCCCUACUACCCAGACAACAGGCAUUUGGGCCGAGAACAGCGUGCAGGGGACCGGGGGCCUGACUAUGGCAGGGGUAAAAGGGAUGGCUAUGAAGACAGAGGGCACAUCUCUGAGCACCAUUACCGAGGGAGCAGAGAUGAGCCAUUCUACGACGAUAGGAAUCGCAGUGCAUGGAGCCACGAUUACGACAGCAGAAGAGAGAGCUACCGAGAGGGCAGCUGGCGCUUGACGCGGCACUGACACGUGGGCUUUAAAGAACUUUAUGCAAAAGAAAGAUAAAUCAAAGUUCCCUUUUAACAUUUGUAAAUCUAGUGACGUCGUAAUCCUCCAAACCUAGCAGCUUGAUUUUAAACGUGUGAACUCUACACCUCAGGGCUUUAUGCAAGAAAACAAAUGUGCCACAGUUUCAGAGAAAGCAUCGUGCAUUAUAAAGAGUCUGUGUAUUUUUGUAGUGCAGCUGAGGGAGGCCUCUCUGUUCCAGGUGUAGCUGCACAUCUUUUUAAACAGAUUUUAAGUGGUACGAUGCUUUGUGGCAUCUCAGCGUGUUUUGAUACAGAAAUGAUUCCUUUUGUAUACCCCUCGUCUUGGAGAAGAAUCCUACCAAGUCUCCCUGUGGAUAAACCAUACUCCUUUUAA